AUGGGGAUCCGAGAGUUUCCCGGCGGCGCUCCCAGGGCCAAGAGCAUCGCUGUUGGCAUGAGGAGGUCACCGGACGUCAGCCCGCGGAGACUGUCCGACAUCAGCCCUCAGCUCCGUCAGCUCAAGUACCUGGUGGUGGAUGAGGCCAUCAAGGAGGACCUGAAAUGGUCGCGCUCGGUGGAGGACCUCACCGGCGGGCCCGCGGGGCUCACGUCCAUCGAGGAGCGGAUCCUGCGCAUCACGGGCUACUACGGCUACCAGCCCUGGGCGACCAGCUACAAAAGGGAGGAGCGCCCCCGGGAGCCCCCGGGCCCUGCAGAGGCCCAGGCGCCGGCUGGGACGGAGGCCGGCGGGAGGAGCGCCCGGCACCGCUGGACAUGUUCCCGGGAGUGGCUCAGGAAGGCCUUCUGGGGCGUGGCCGUCGUGUUCUGUGUGUGCGCCUCCUGGGCCGGCUCCACGCAGCUCGCCAGGCUGACGCUCAGGACCUUCGACGCACCCUUCACCCUCACCUGGUUUGCCACCAACUGGAACUUUCUGUUCUUCCCGCUGUACUACGCGGGGCACGCGUGCAAGUCCACAGAGAAGCAGUCUGUGAAACAGAGAUACAGGGAAUGCUGUCGGUUUUUUGGAGACAACGGCCUGACUCUGAAAGUGUUCUUUACCAAGGCAGCUCCUUUUGGUGUCCUGUGGACUCUCACAAACUACCUGUACUUACACGCAAUAAAGAAGAUAAACGCCACAGACGUCUCUGUUCUCUUCUGCUGCAACAAGGCCUUUGUUUUCCUGCUGUCAUGGAUCGUUCUCAGGGACAGAUUCAUGGGCGUGAGGAUUGUGGCCGCCAUCCUCGCCAUCGCAGGCAUUGUCAUGAUGACCUACGCGGAUGGCUUCCACAGUCACUCGGUGACGGGUAUAGCCCUCGUGGUGGGCUCUGCGUCUAUGUCGGCCCUCUACAAGGUUCUGUUCAAGCUGCUGCUGGGCAGCGCCAAGUUCGGGGAAGCGGCCUUGUUCCUGUCCAUCCUGGGCGUGUUCAACAUCCUCUUCAUCACCUGCAUCCCCGUGGUCCUGUACUUCACCAGGGUGGAGCACUGGGACUCCUUUGACGACAUCCCGUGGGCAAACCUCUGCGGGUUUUCCCUUCUCCUGCUGACAUUCAAUAUUGUAUUAAAUUUUGGAAUCGCUGUCACGUACCCCACACUGAUGUCUCUUGGAAUUGUCCUCAGUGUCCCCGUGAAUGCAGUGGUCGACCACUACACCAGUCAGAUAGUCUUCAACGGGGUCCGGGUCAUCGCCAUCGUCAUCAUCGGCCUGGGCUUCCUCCUGCUGCUGCUCCCAGAAGAGUGGGAUGUUUGGCUGAUCAAGCUGCUCACCCGCCUCAAGGUGAGGAAGAAGGAGGAGACAGCAGAGACCAGCGGGGAUGCGGGCACCGGCGCCCAGAGCAGGAGCAGAAGAGCCCGGCCGUCCCUCGCUCGCUGAGACCACCCCUCGAGGACUCUGGGACGCCCCCGUGGUAACGCUUUUGAGCUCUGCUCCUGAGGAAGGAGCCUCAGCUGGGCGAGGUGUACAUAAGUGUACAGUUUUGGUAAUCCGCAGUAAGUUCUACGGUAUUUAUUGGCAUGUCCAAUUUGCUUGCACUUUUCCACAUCAGACCUUCCACUUAAGGGUACCAAUUCAAAACGAAAGAGAAAAGAACCUCUCAGUGCUUCUUCAAUGAAUGUAAAGUGGGGUACAGUGAGCCUCGCAGCGAUUGCUUCAGAGGACAGGCCGGCUGGACAAGCCAGGGCAAAAACUCUGCCUCUCAGCAUCUGAAAAUGACAUUGUACACUGUGAUUAUUUUUCAGCUAUAGUAGGUCAUAUUUUGUUUUAUACCAGAACUGUAUACUUAACUUUAAGGAAUUUCAAUGAACCAAAAGAUAAUGUCAGUUAAUCCGGAUGGAUGGAUGGAUGGAUGCAUGGAUGGAUGGAUGGAUGGACAUGUGGAUGGAUGGAUAAGCAUUCAGAUGGAUAGACAGGUGGUGGACAGAUGGGUGGAUGGGAGGGAAGAGGGAGGUGAAGCAGUAAAGGGUGAUGGACAGGAAGAUAAAUGGAGGACAGACCUGCGCAGGUCACAUGAUAGAAAACAGAAACGUGAGUGUGCUGGCCUGCCCUGGUGUCUUCAGAGGACCCCAAGGAGAACCUAGUGCCUUCUAUAGCCCCUCCGUCCUUCCCUGUGCAAAGCGAGGUGACAUCGCAUGUCCCUGGCGCUGUCUUAUGAUUUAGAUGUAGAAAUCUUAAAAAAAAAAAAAAAAAAAACACAAAUUCUGUGUGUCUAUGUGUGUACAAGCGACAAAGCUGGUGGCCGGUGUGUUUGGAAGGCAGUUGGCCAUGUGUGGCAUGCCCAGCAGCUGCGCUGGGGGAGGAAAUGCUGGUGGCCUUCACUUCCAGACCAAGAGGAAAUGGCAUUUGCCGAGUCUGGAAAACCUUAAGAAACCUUAGGCCGGCUGUUUCCUCACGCCAUUUAGGUCUGCCAGAACUUCUAUCUGUGACAGAUCCGUGCAGAGGGACCACGGCUAGAGUUUACCAUAUUUGAAGUUUACAUUGUUACCUACAAAUGGGAACCUGAUUUUGAAACGGUGUCAUAUCCCAAUGGUGCACUCUGGAACCACGGAGUCUUUCGUUUCCUGGGGGAAAGGGGCACUCAUGACCUGAACUUUUUAGCCAGUUACUACCCUCAGUUUCCAUUACUUGUUUGGCCAAAUAGAUUAAUAAAAUAUUUGA